UGAAGAAAGAAAGAAACGGUGGAAGUUGAUAAAGCAGUGAAGCACGUGGGAGGUGACACAUUGACAACACGGAAAUAGAACCGAACCUUAACCUUACCAUUCCACUUCUUUGUCUUUACUCAUUCUUUGCCGACCCUCCCCAUCCCAUUUCCACACCCCUUCCUUGUCCUUUGUCCUUGUCCUUGCCACCCCACACACAACCAAGCAAAGCACAAGAAUAACCUUCUCAACAGGUUUUUCUAUUAUUAUUAUAUUAUUAUUUGUGUAUCUGUCUCUGUGGUGGGAUGACAAUGGAAAUGGUUUCUAAGGAAGCUCAGAUGUCUAUUGCUGCUUCUUCUAUGUUUCCUGGUUUCAGAUUUUGUCCCACUGAUGAAGAGUUGAUUUCUUAUUAUCUUAGAAAAAAAUUAGAUGGUCAUGAAGAAAGUGUUCAGGUUAUUUCUGAGGUUGAACUUUGUAAAUAUGAACCUUGGGAUUUACCAGCCAAAUCAUUCAUUCAAUCAGAUAACGAGUGGUUCUUCUUCUCACCCCGUGGAAGAAAGUAUCCAAACGGUUCACAAAGUAAAAGAGCUACUGAUUGUGGCUAUUGGAAAGCCACUGGAAAAGAGCGCAAUGUGAAAUCAGGUUCUAAUGUCAUAGGUACGAAACGAACUUUGGUGUUUCACUUAGGUCGUGCACCUAAAGGCGAAAGGACAGAAUGGAUUAUGCAUGAGUACUGCGUCAGUGACAGGUCUCCGGAUUCUUUGGUAGUUUGUCGCCUCAAGAGAAACACAGAGUUUCGUGUGAACGAUGCUUCCAAUAGAGCCUCUUCAAGUCAAGUUAACCCGGUGCAUUCACAUGAAAGUGAUUGUGCUGUCUCAGAAGGUGGUAUUGAUGAUAAAAGGCGCAUUUGUGAUCAUGAACAAGAAAAGGAGGUUGAUGGUAGUUCCAGGCGUGACAGCAGCAGUUACGGUUCACCUUCAAUGGAACAAAUUGAUUCCGUGUCUGAAUCAAAUCAAAGACCGGCUAAUGACGCUACUUUGACAGACUUUUCGGGCCAGCUAAAGAUGGAUGAAGAGGAUUGUUAUGCUGAGAUACUAAAGAAUGAUAUCAUAAAAUUAGAUGAAUCAUCAAUGGCUCAAGGGGCUCAAACAAGACAACAUGACCUUGCAUAUUCUCAUCCCUGCCAAGGCACUGCACAGAGGAGAAUACGAUUAAGGGUUGCGAAAUCAACACAUUCUCAAACAGGAGUUCGUUUCUCAAGAACAAUGCACCAAUCAAAGAGUAGCUUCUUUGCUAAAAUGACCAACCGUUUGAUGAUAUUUGCUUUCUUUGUUUUCACUCUUAUGGCUAUAUUUUUUUGGUAUUUAUUGGGUGGUCACAAACAAUUGAGAAAUAUUGUGGGAAAGUUUCGGGCGUUAGGAGUUAUGUCGAGGCCUAUGUUGCUUGUUUUCUUGCUUAUUAUACUUAUAAUCACUUCACAGUUUGAGUGGAAGCAACCGCUUGUGUCCGAUGUUGAGUCCAAUUCCAGUUUAACUCAAAAGCAGCAUCGUAUUUCUAAUGCUGAAGAAACCGUUAAGGAGAAGAUUAUUUUAGUGCAAGAGAAAAAUAUUCGAAGACUGAAUGAGCUUGUCCGACAUCUUCAAGAACAACUACAGCAGUGUAAAGGAAACAAUGGAACUAUAAAUAGCACUGUAGUCCCUCUAACUGAACGGAUUCUUGAGCUUGAGCGACAACAAAUUUUAGAGGAUUAAGCCUUUGCAGCAUGUUAAUGAAGCUAAUCGAUGCUCGAGUUGUAAAGUUGUUUCUUAAUUCCUUCAAAUGAAAUUCUUGUAAGUUGUAACAUAUUUGCUAUCUGUAUGAAUUACUACUAAUUUGAGCUCUAUCUCACUGUGAGUCACACAUCAUUCAAUGAAAAAUGUAGUACUUAAAUAUUCUGUUCACCGACAAAUUAAAAAAUAUCGCUGUGCCAUUUUGUUCA